CAGCUUUCACGCCCGAGCAUAACUCCAGUGUGCUACAGAUGCUGAGUGACCCUACCGUCAAUACAGGAUGGAGAGAGAGCGGACCACUAGCUGCCUUCUCAGCAAAUAGAAUCGCACGAAUGUAGGCAGGGGAGUGGAACAGCGGCCUCCGUAUUAAAUAUGUACAGCAUUUAAUAUCGUCAUGUUUAAGAUAAAUUAAGUUUGGCUGAACUUUUAUGACACUGAUCCGAUAAGCUACAAAACAGAAGCCACUAUGAUCAGUUAACCAGACUGCCCGGGACCUCCGAACUUCGCCAUGACUACCUCCGGCGUUAAUGUCACCCAGGUGUAUCCGGAGAAUGAGACGAUAUCCCAAUACGACUGGACUCCGGAGGAAUGGCAUGCCAAAGUCCGAGAGUACAUUUUUCCGGAUGUUUACGAGUGGGUAUUUGUGGCCCUUUAUGUUAUUGUGUUUACUGUGGGACUUGGAGGGAACUUUAUUGUGUGUUAUGCAGUUUGGAAAAAUAAACACCUGCGGACCGUCACCAACUAUUUCCUGGUAAACCUGGCCUGUGCUGACUUUAUUGUGAUUCUCGUGUGUCUCCCGUUCACCCUGGUUCAGGAUAUAUCUCAAUCAUGGCUGUUCGGACUGGUCAUGUGUAAACUUGUCAUCUAUGUCCAGCAAGUGUCCGUCCUGGUGUCCGUACUGACCUUGACGGCCAUUUCUAUGGAACGCUACAUGGCGAUCUGUCAUCCGCUGUCCUUCCGAGUAUCCAAGUACAAAAGUAUCCUGGUGAUCGGGAUGGUGUGGCUGCUGUCAAUGUUAGUGGCUGUACCCAACCUUGUGUUCCUCACCUUGUUCCCGGACAACAUCAUCCCAUCCGACAUAGGAAACAUUUGGCUGACGGCGUGCAUGCCAGCUGAUUUGAAAACUGAGUUCGUGUAUCAAUUGUUCCUCACAGUGGCCUACUAUCUACUGCCUCUCUUUAUCAUGGGCUUCACUUAUAUCCGGAUAGCAGUGUGUCUUUGGAAGAGUACGCUAGCCGGACCCGCUACCAACAAUAUAGCGUCAGAUAGCAAUGCCGCCACUUUACGUAACCGGAAGAGGACGGCUAAGAUGUUGAUUAUGGUGGUAGUGUUAUUCUCGGUCUGCUACCUCCCAGUCUACAUGUUAAAUAUUCUAAGGUAUGCAGGUCUGAUGGAUAAAACGCCUGAGCUGACAGUAUCUGUUAUCACACUGACGGCGCGGUUCCUGUGUUAUUUUAACAGUGCCAUUAAUCCGGUGAUCUACAAUUUUAUGAGCGAGAAAUUUAAAAAGGAGUUUCGAGUGGUGUGCUGGUGUUGUUUACAGCUAAAUUAUAGACGGAAUCAGCGUGGGACGAAUGCCAGCAGGACUCAGAAUCAUUCUUCCGAAGCCAGUCGUCAGGUUAGGAAAGUGGCCACAGUAAGACAGACACAGCCUUACGAGGACAAGCUACGCCCACUACUUAGUACUGACAUACAUCGUCACAACAGAGCAACUAUCUACAAAGAUGGCAGUUUGGACUACUCUGAUUCGAGGACGGAGAUGACGCGGUUAAAACCGUCCAAUCACGGCUCACGGGUGUGUAAAGACACCUACUACAACGGAAGCCCCGCCCAUCACCCCACAUGAUUGACACGUGGAUAUGUUACGCCCCCUCCACCAGAUUUCAAUAUCUUCGCAGUGAUUGGUACGGAGGUCGGACGUGUUAAACAUGGAGAUUAAUUAUUUGGUGUAUUUGUUUACUCAUAAACAACAUGUUGUGAUGUUACAUUUCUCCAUCCAUAUAUUUCAAAGGACAUCGUGACUUUCUUGUAGUACUGUGUAUUGUUUCGUGAAAAACCGUUUGUGAAAAUAAAAUAAUUCAUUUAAGGACUGAUAUAUAUAUAAAUGUGUGUGUGUAAGGUGAUGAUUUAUGGAUAUGGCGUUUCAGCUACAUGUUUUAAAUCUAACGUUUGUAUGUACCAUAAUAAAGCAACGCCGAACGUGGUGAGCUCUUGGAUGUAUGACCGCUCCCUUCAAACAUGCUCCAUGCGGGGAAAACACUGUAUAGCAUAAGAUGUUCGCAGUGUAUAAAUUUACCAGGAAAAUAAACACGACGAAUUUAGUUAGAAUACCAGAUUGUUUCUAUUGUUAUGAGGAAGCUAAGAACGGUUGUUAUGAAAAACUAUUUUGAAAAAUGCAACCAGGAAAAAGAAAACCUACGAAAAAUUCAUUGUAUACAGCAUUAUUAAAAUGAAUCAAGCAUCUA